AGUAAACUAUGAUGGUUCUGGGGAAGUACUCGCCUUCCCGAUAACUCGUAAAUGGUUUGUUGUUGCCAUCGUGUCCAUUGAUUCUGUGAUGCUUUCUCCUUUUUUGAAGCAUUUUGACGCUUGAAUCCCGGCCCAGGUGCAGAGUGGAGUGCAUAACACUCUCUAGGAUAUGGCAGAAUUAGAAGAUGAAUUAAUUGGAGAGGGUUUAGAUUAUGAAUAUGAUCUGGAUGAAGAGGAAGAAGAAGCUCUCUUGGCUGGUGAAGAUCCAUCUCAGGAGGUUGCAGUUGAAGAUAUCAUUGAAUUAAGGGUUGAGGAGGAAUUUGAAGAUGAUGAAAAUGGCCAAAUUAGUCACACAAAAAAUGUUCAUAGCAGAUUACAGACAACAGAAUCAGUUUACGAAGAGGAAGAAAUUCAAGAGCAUCAUAAUGACUCCUCAAUGGUUGCUGUAGAGGAAGUUCAUGAAGAAACUCAGAAUAUAGUAGAAGUGGAAGAGGAAGAGGAGGAGGAGGAAGAAGAGGAGGAAGAGGAUGACGAAGGAAGAGGGCGGGAUCGGUUCAAGAGUGAGCGCUCUAAGAUCUCCCUCGCCAGUACAACUGUGGAGCGCAUUAUUCCGGAUUCUUUAGAUGAAGUGAAAGUGAAAAAGCCUGAGUUCAGAGACAACCGACGAGGCCGUGGCCAAAGAGGAAGUUGGGGUCGAGAUAGAGGAGGGUUUCGAGGCGGACCCAGAGGUGGACCAAGAGGUGGACCAAGAGGUGGACCUAGAGGUGGACCAAGAGGUGGUCCAAGAGGUGGUCCAAGAGGUGGAAUGAUGCCUCAAGGAAGUCCUCGAGGAUGGCCCGGCCCUCGUCCUAUGAAUAUCCACCCUUGGGAUUGUCCACCACUUAUUCUGAACCCACAGAUGAGAAUGUCGCAGCCCAAUAUGCCUAUUCCCAGAAAUGGACCGCCUAUGAUGACUCGACCACAGCUACCUAUGGUGACCCUACCUGGGACAAUGCAACGAGGACCAACUCCUCAGCUGAAUAAUCCUAAUUUUCCACCGUUUCCUAAUAGAAGUGGCUCACAGUGGAGUACAGGAAUCGUUCCCUAUGGGGCUGGUGCAAUACUUUCGCAAUUGGUGAGUGGGGCUCAGCUGCCACCACAAGAAGAUUUACGAACCUCUCUCAAAAGGCGUUCAGGUGGGGAUCCCACCGACAUAAGUCCCCCUAAGCACUUGAGGAUGAUUCCAAAUCAUGUCAACACACAACAUUCAGUGGCUAGAAAAAAGCUUCAUGGUGCAUUGAAUAGGCAGCGAGGUGGACUGUUAAAAAAGGGCCCCAUUUCUAGUAGGCUGUCUAUGCCUGGUACCAAUAACAAUCCUAAUUUGACAACUAUCCAAACAGUGGACAUCACUCCUGUUCAAAAGCAAAACCAAGUAAACAAUCCACAGCAGAAUCAAAGAAACCAGCAUCAAAACCAGGGACUCCAACAACAAAACCAGGGACACCAGCAGCAAAACCAGGGACACCAGCAACAAAAUCAAGGAUAUCAGCAACAAAAUCAAGGACACCAGCAACAAAACCAAGGAUAUCAGCAACAAAAUCAAGGACACCUGCAACAAAACCAGGGAAAUCAGCAACAAAACCAGGGAAAUCAGCCACAAAACCAAGGACACCAGCAACAAAAUGUGGGAAAUAAACAGCAGCAGCAGAAUCAGAAUCUAGGAAAUAAGAUUCGGCAAAACCAAGGAAGCCAACAACACAAUUUAGGAAAUAGACUGCAACAAAAUCAAGGGAAUAAGCAGCAGCAGCAGCAACAGAACCAAGGAAAUAAACAGCUACAAAAUCAAGGAAAUGUCCAGCAAAAAGCUCAAGGAAAUAAACAACCACCAAAUCAAGGAAAUAAACAGCAACAAAUUCUAGGAAACAAGGAGGCAAAUGCAUCUGCCAGAGAGCCAGUUAAACAAGCAAAACCAUUUGAAAAAGUAAAAAUCCUAGAUCCUAGUGAAGAUAGUGAAUAUCAACGAAAGAUGCUUCAGCAAAAGCAGCUAAGAGAACAAAUUCUGGCUAAAAAGGAGGCACGGAGAAAAGCUGCCGCAGCAAUUAUGGCAAAUGAGAUUGCAUCAAGGAAAGCAAAACAAGAGAAAGAAAAUAAUAAGAAAGCUGAUGAACAGCAGCAGAAUGAACAGGUUGCACAAGAGCAGCAGCAAUCUAAGCAACAUCUACUAUCCAGAAGAGUGAAAGGCCCUGGUGUAGCAAAUACUAUGCAGUCCCAUCAACAAGGCAAUCUUCACAUGCCUGCCCCACAGCAAAACCAACAAAGACCUCGCUUUAUGAGGCCACGAAUGCCAACAGGGCAGCAACAAAGUGGGCCCCGUCCUCUUAAUCAGAAUCGCUUUCGUAGAGGGCUGGGACCUCUAGAUCGAUCACACCAGGAGCAGCAGAUGAAUCGACCACGUGAUAACACUGGAUAUCAAAUGAGGUUACCACCUCCAACAUUCAGUGAACCUCCACCGAGUAACACAGAUUCUGUGUAUUCACAAGAGUCUCAUCGGCAUCAACAAUUUAAUCAACAGCAUCAACCAGGACACCACUUUCAUCAAGGUCCACCACAGGAUUUGUCACCUCACCAGCAUGGGCCCCCACUGCAGCGUCACUUGCCACCACCUCAUCAACCACCACCUCAUCAACCAUUACCACAUCAACCACCACCACCACUUCAUAGCCAGCCCCCUCUCCACUCCCAGCCUCCCCCAGCACAUCAUCUCCAGCCCCCACCAUCCCAGCAGCAUCAUCAGCCUCAACAUCAUCAACAUAUUGAACCACAACACCACCAUCCACCACCAUCACAUCAGCACCCAUCUGAUUUGCAGCUCCAUUCUAACGUACAGCCUAGUCUCCCUCCCCCACAACAACAUGGACCUCCACCCCACAUUCAGAGCCCUAUUAGGCCCUCCCACACUGCUCCCCACAACACACACGUCCCUCCUCCAGAGUUUCAUCCUAGACCAUCAGUUACUCAUCAUGAUCAAUACCCAGCCCAACUUGAUACAUUUCCCCCAAGAGGUCCACCUCCUGUUCUCACUCAUGAUGAAAGUGGUAAUCAUGAUUAUAAUACUGAACACCAAUAUAAUGAACCUCCUCCAUCUUGGGAUAAUCGUUCACAAUCAUACACAGAUUACAGUAAAGGCUCCAGUGAAUCUUACGAUGAUGAUUAUUACCAGGAGGGCCAAAAUGUAGAUACAGAUAAUAUAUAUCAGGGUGUGUAUGGCCAGUAUCCAGAAUACAAUGCAACUUCUGAAGGGUAUAGCAGUAAUUAUCAAAAGCACCAGCAGUAUGAUGAUGAAUAUCCAAAUCAGUAUCAACAAGAAGAGUACAGUGAAGGUUAUGAAGAUUAUCAAGAUCAACAUAACUCUGAAGGUAUAGGGAUAAACAAGGGUGUUAGAAGCAGACUAGCUGGACGCCUGUCUUUCAACCACAAUCCUCAUCAUCUUCAGGUUAAAGUAAUGCAGUCAUCUCCACAAGAGCCAGUAACAUCUGUUACUCAUAACCAAGUUGGACAAAAAAUCCAGACAGUUCAAAGACAGACUGGGAAAAUUUCACGGAAAUUUCGUAGAAUCACUCGAAAGAACAUAAAGGGCGAUGUAGUGUCUGUUAAAAAGAUUCCUGUUGAUGAAGAAGGUAACCAGAUUGGCCCACCAAUAACAGAAUUUGAUAUCAGCGACUUAGUCACAGAUGGAAUGGAUAAUCCAACAUCUUUAUUUAAUCAACAGCAACAACGUGUACCUGUAGUCAAGACCUUGCGACAAAUAGUAAGAAAGGUGCCAGUUUCUCAGCAACAACAGCAACAGCAGUCACAAUCUCAAAUCAAGCUAAGGGAUGCUCCACAGAUUAGUCAGUCCACACAACAGCAGCAGCAGCAGCAGCAGCAGCAGCAGCAACAGCAACAACAGCAGCAACAGCAGCAACAACAGCAACAAGUUAAAUUUGUAAAGAGGACAGUUGUUUCUUCAGAUGUGUCAUCACAGUCAAAUACAGCAGGUCGGCGCAUAGUGACAGCAGGCACACAGCAGUCAGUGAGUGGUGGAGUUGUGCAUCGCCCAGGUGGUGGCAUUCGUCGGGUAAUCAGUUCAACCUCCUCGUCUAAAUCAGCUGAUGGACAUGACCUACCCACUGUCCAGCUAUGUGAUUUGCCAACCAAUCUCACUUUGUCAGAUAUCAAUCAAAUGGUGGCUAAUGCAGGGGUAGGGCAACCUUUGAGUGUUGACUAUGUGCCGGGUUCUCAGGAGUGCAUUAUAACAUUUAGAGUGCCAGAAGUUGCAGCAAAAUUCUACCAGAAAAUUAACAGGAGAAUGGUAAAUAUGUCAUUCAUAAGAGCAAAGAUGAUUCUGUAAGAGCUUUUUUUUUUUUUUAAGUGAUCUCGCCAUUUAGAUUGUCUAAAUAUUAGCAUUUUUUAUUAUUCAAGGUUGUUUCAAACCAAUAUGGUUUUCUAAGCACUAAGGCAUUUUGGAGAUAUUUAAGAAUUUUUAUUCAAUAUUGAAGCUGUUUUGUUCAAGUUCCCAUUUUAUUUAAAAAAUUUGGAGUAAAAUCAGGAAUUAUGUGGCAUUAGUUGCAAUUAUUCAGAUGUCUGUCCACCAGUAUAUUUGAUGCCUUGGUCCUAUGAAUUGUUCCAUGAAGCAGGGUGGCAUAUACAAGGUAUAGGCAAAAUUUGAUUUUAACUUUUAUAUGGAACUUAUCUCAUGUAGCUGUAAACUGUUGGCGUGUAAGUUUUUUUUCAGUACAUUGGGUGUCUCCCACCGAGGCAGGGCAACCCAAAAAAGAAAGAAACACUUUCACCAUCAUUCAAUACUUUGCUCUUCAUUGGAUAUGAAAUGAAAUACACUACUUACUAUUAAUUUUGUUUUUCAACAAACUUUAGGUUAGUCAGGCUUUGUUCCCAUACAUGGUUCAUAGCUUUAUUGUAAGUUCUUACUGUAGUAAGUCAUUGAUUUGAAAUAGCUAUUGUAAGUGAUGAUUACUUUCCUACUAGUUACUUUAAACAAUCAGGAUAAAGGCAUAUAAUGGUAUGAGUCAUGUUGUAGAAUCUAAUUGUAUGUUUAGCUGAUUUUGUUAAUGGAUUUAUUUAGAAGUUAUAACCACUAAACAACUUCUGUCAUCACGAAAGACAACAGCUUUAUGGAAAAAUAAUUAUGCACAAAAUUACCUGAAAGGCACUGUAGCAACUCUGCCCUACCUCUCACCACUCUGCCACCAUGGGAAAUAAAAUUAAUUUUCUGCAUUGUGUCUGCUGAUGAGCAUCCCUGCUGUCAUUGUGCUGCCACCUGUUAUUAUUUGGCUGUAUUUCAUGUACCUAGAGAGAAGCAGAAUUUAAAAUAUUACAUAUUGAUAUUGUAUAGUGAUCCAAAUUAUAGUUUGAUGAACACACAACCUGUAUAUGUACCUUGAUUGUAUAUAUGGAACAAUUAGUGUUAUGAAGUCCUCUCUAUUGGAUGAUAUUUCUUUAGGAGGUUUACAUGUGGAAAGUCACCCAUUUGAGGGAAUUUUCAUAACAUUAUCUGUCGCAAACGCUUUAAGAGGAACACUUGAUAAGAGCACUUGCCAUAAUUUAUGUUGCCAUUGACCCUCGUAUAUGGGUAUGGUUGGUGCCAGUUUGAUGAUGGUUGUGUAGCUGGUAUUGUCCUGUAAAUUAUGUGUUACUUCAAGAUGUGUGUACUUUUUAUGAUUUAUGGGGCAAUAGGCUAAUAACCAUGCCAUGCUGAGCACCUUUCUUGCUGGAGAUAUUAAUAUAGAUUUGUUAAUCUACUGUUAUUCAUGAUUUUUAAGAACUUAAACCAUCUUUGGGCAGAUAGUCAUAGCUGUAGAAUACUGUUGAUACCAUUUUAAUCUGUAGAUCCAGCAAAUAGGGGCAAGUGUUGAUUAUAUUGUAUUUUCUACAUUCAAAGCAAAACAUGUUUUUGAAAACAUCUUGCAACUUUGGAGGAGUCGAGAUUAUGCUUCUCAGUCUUAAUUUGUUGCUGUAGUUGCUGUGUUUCUGCCAUGGCUCAUUAUAAUUAUUAUACUGUCCUUGUGUUACAACUGGCUGCUGCUGCUGUGCUGUUUUUCGGGAGGCAAGGAAAACUGGAAAUAACUUUUAUGUAAUUUAAUUAUUUGUAAUGCUAUAGAGACGUGUUUUCUAAAAGAUAGAAAUAAGUCAGUCACAUCAAUGUUCACACUAAGGUGGUGUAUUGUGCACCUUACAACCAAAUGCCUACUUCAGAAAAUGGUCAUUAUUUACAUGCUGCAAUAACAAUAACCCAGUUGUCUUGUGUUGAUAAUUAUAGUAGAGUAAUACUAUAACAAUAGGUUAGUUCUGUAAAGCUUCCUCAUGUUUUUACUGUUAUUAAGGCUGAAGUUUUAUCACAAAGAACUUAAAAAUGCUAUAGAGCAACAGCUUCUCUGUUACUAUUGCCAUUAACAUUUCUAGUGACAAUAUGAAAAUUUCAUUGUCUCAGAUAGCAGUGAUGAUAUAUUCCAGCUGUCUCAGAUAGCAGUGAUGGUACACUCCAACUGUAUCAGAGAGCAGUGAUGGUACACCCCAAUUAUCUCAGAUAGCAGUGAUGGUAUACUCCAGCUGUCUCAGAGAGCAGUGAUGGUACACUCCAACUGCCUCAGAUAGCAGUGAUGGUACACUCCAACUGCCUCAGAUAGCAGUGAUGGUACACUCCAACUGCCUCAGAUAGCAGUGAUGGUACACUCCAACUGUAUCAGAGAGCAGUAUGGUACACUCCAACUGUCUCGGAUAGCAUUUAUGGUAUGCUCCAACUGUAUCAGAGAGCAGUGAUGGUACACUCCAAUUGUCUCGGAUAGCAGUGAUGGUACAUCCCAGCUGUCUUUGAUAUCAGUGAUGGUACACUCCAACUGUCUUGGAUAGCAGUGAUGGUGCACUCCAGCUGCAAAAUUUUCCAGUGUUUGAGGUUUAGCAUUUUAUGAAUACAUUGUAUUUGAGCAGUAUGCAUACAUAGAAAUAUAUAUUAUAUUUAGCAAGUGUAUAAGUGUUGUUGGUGUGAUAUUAAAGACACACAUGCA